CUAACACGGAAGCCGCUCGAUGAAGUCACAGAUUGUCUAGUCGGACGAACGUUGAACUCGAAUCAAAUAAAUAUGCGACUAUCACCGCAGUUUCGUGCUUAUUCUUGAUCCUUUGUACCAGUACCGAUACGUAAAUCUCGUACGUAUCGUACAGAGCUCUUUCACAAAGAUUCCCGUUUGAUCUCAAGUUCAGAAAUACUAGGUGCCAAGCUCCGUGCCGCACCGAACUCAUCUCAGAGCAACUCUGUACUACACCAUCCACCACUUCCUAAUAAUCAGACGCUCAAAUCGAAUAUUUUCCACAAUGAAAUUUCUAUUUCACCUUUCGACCCUCGUGUUGCUGAAAUCGUGCGUCUCGUCGGCGUUUGUCUGCAACCCGCAACGCAUCGCGUCCGCAACCACGCGGUUAAGCGCAGCCAAUGGUGAUGUCGAUUUUGACACACCGGAGAUGGGUGACGUCGGUUUUGUCCUCCUUGCUGGGGGCACGGGGAGCCGAAUGAAAGCGAGCAUGCGUAAGUUGUUGACUCGUUUGUGAGUUCCCGGUGUUGCUUUGGGUCAAACGAGACGACCGGGAUAGAAAAUUGUUCAAAAUUAAAAAAAGAUUCUGUUGCGAAUUAGCAACUGCGCCAGAGUUACAUAGUAGUCUCAGGUACUGUUGUAAAAUGAUUUUCUUAUUCUUAUCGUUUGAACGGGGCAGCAAAACAAUACCUUCCACUGCGAGGAGUACCUGUGUUGCACCAUUCGCUCGAUUUAUUCCUGGAAAAGCUAGUAGACCAUUGUAAAAGCAGUGGAGACUCAUCGCCUCCAGAGAAUGUUGUACUCGUCAUGGACCCGAAGUAUCAACCCGAAUACCAGGCUAUUGUUGAUAGAUACCCCGGUCGUCUUGAAUUUGCAAACCCCGGAGAGGAACGACAAGGAUCGGUCGAAAACGGUCUCAACAAACUUGUGGAAAUGUCAGAAGGAAAGUGCAAAUACGUUGCUGUUCACGACAGUGCACGACCCUUGGUGACUAUCGGAGAAAUAUGUGAUGUCGUCAGAGAUGCCAAAGAACAUGGUGCAGCCGUAUUGGGAGUCCCAUGCAAGGCCACCAUUAAAGAAAGUGAAGAUGGUUCUUUUGUCCAACGAACAAUCGAGCGAUCUAGACUUUGGGAGGUGCACACUCCACAGGUAAUCCUAAUCGAAAAUUUGCUGAAAGGAUUCAAAAAGGUCGCGGAAGAAAAUUUGGAAGUUACGGACGAUGUUUCUGUCAUUGAGCAAUUGGGAGAAGCGGUGAAGCUUACACGAGGCGAAUACACAAAUUUGAAGAUUACAACUCCGGAGGACAUGGAUGUCGCUGAGGCCAUCUUAGAAGAUCGGAAAAGUAAGCCUGUCAAUAUGUUGGCUUAAAAAAUCAAAUGUGGUUUCAUGAAGAAUUUCUCGAAUCCGCUCAUUGUCUUGAUAGAGAAGCAGAAAAAAGUGUUAUAUGCUAUGCAUAAACUUCGUAUUAUUUAUAUCAUAACGAAUAGUAACUCUCCUAUUAUGACAACAACGGUGGUUCGGUUCUAUUCCUACUCUACAUUGUUCGAAGAAACUGGAACAUACCAAUAUUGGCUUAGUUCUGAAGAAUUUGAAAAUGUGCCGGUUCAACUAUUUCGAGUCCAUUUUCUGACAAAAGACUGCGUCGUGUCUUUUUAAUUGCACAGCCAGCAUCAAUUCUAUAUAUUUGUUGGGUGCUUGUUUCACAGAAGUAACAUAACUUGCGUUAUCUACUUUUCGCUCGGCGCUCGAGUUGUCCUUUUUGGCGGGUCGAGCAAUCUGAUCGAUAAGAUUCUUUUGCUAUCUCCCUACACGUUCUCGAACAAAAAUAUUCGUCGUUGCAUUCUCUACACCAAACAGAGAUCUUCACCUUUUCACCGGUUUCGGGAUCCAAUUCGCCGUGGGUCUUUCGGCAAGAAGGAUUUGCACAAGACUUCCCGUUGCGGUCCUUUGGCUUGGGUUCGGCUGCAGAACGAUUUCUGGAAUUUCGCUCCCCGCCAUUGUCGGAAUGCAUACUCCGAGAGAGAACUAUUCGGUAGUCAUUCUGCAAGGCUUCCCAAGCACCCGAGUGUUCCCAAAGAUUAUAUAGGGUCCACGCGUCCAGUAAAUCUUCCACAUGGGGGUGCGUCUCGGGCCUCGGCGGGCCAUCUUCUAAAAACGAGGCAGAGCCCGCCUCGUUCAGAACUUCUCUAGCUGGUAAUGAAAAAGAGAGUUUCGGCCGUCUUCCUUCAAUCGCGGGCGGGCACACAUUCAGAGUCAUAUCUUCCAGCAAGUCCUCCAUACACUCUAAACAUGUCAAGCGGCAAAUUGUUCUCGUCCCUAAUGUCAUUUGCGAUCCUUUCAUUAUGGUGAUUUGGAGCAACGGAUAAAAAAGAAGCCAGUAUUCAUGUUCGUAAUCGUCACCCUCUUGGGGAGUUUCGGCAGUCUUGCCACACAAUGGGCACAUCAGUAACGACUGAACAUCCGGCCAAUCGAAACUUCCAUUUGGCGAUAUAUUCAUUUCAAUUGAUUGCUCCUUUGUUCGCAUCAUGACAUUGAAAUCUUGAAAAUUUUCUGGUGUGAAAAUACAGCGACCUCCUACCGUCAGUGUUAUGGGCAUUGUUCGCUGUAUCGUCCCAGGAGAAGGCUCAAAUUGAAGUAUUGUACAUCCAUUAAAAUCCACAUAAAAAUUUUCGUCUCCGUUUUGGUUAUCACUGUCAGUCUCAGGGUUGUAACCCUUAUCUUGAUACACAAGUACUCUUUGUUUGGGCAGGAUUUUUAUCCUUGGAUCAAAGGUACCAUCCUCUUGUAUUAGUAGGCUGCACUUAGCCUCCAUCAUCCCAGGAGUUUCCAAGCCAGACCAUGAGGGCGACUUAUUAUUGGACAUUUGGGAGUGUGGUGCAAUCGUUGAUUUGUCUUUGUGAUGUGUUGUUUUCUGAAAUAAUGAAUUGGUCAAAACAGC